AUGUCUCACAGGAAACCUUCAUCAAAAUAUUCUCAACCUGAUACUUCACAAAAUAACCCACUUUCGUCAACUUCUCAAUCUGAUAACCCACCUUCGUCAACCUUUUCUCAACUUAAUAGAUCACGAUAUAAUACAACUAACUGCGUCACAGAUCACAACAACUUUAUCGAUACCCCUUGUCUCGUCAAAAGAAACAAUACACCUUCAGUAUCUUCUCAAACUUCUAAUCAAACUUCCUCUCAAAUUUUUAGCGAAAUAUCUUCUCAAUCUUCCAGUCAAACUCUUUCACAAUCAUCCAGCCGAACUCCAUCUCAACAAAAUAUGAUGACAUCGGAUAUUAUUAUAAAAUAUCCUAAUAUCAAUACUGAAAUAAAAAAUCUCAUGAAAGGCCAAAUCCUUAACAAAUACGUGAUAGAUUAUGAUAAGACUUUAUCUGAACAAUCAGAGAAAAUCUACAAGAAGUUAAUUUCUGAAUUAAAGAAGUUGAUGAGUGGACAUUUUAAUCUGUCGGUCACUCAAUUGGCUAAGAUGAUUGACAAAAGAAACAGGAGAAUCAAGGCAGCUAUAAAACUAUACGAACAAAAUGAUUAUGAUAUACAAGAAUUUGAUAAAGAUGAACUUUUACCUAUUCUAGCUCAGAACGGAUAUUAUUCUAUUGAGCAAUCUGAUUUGGAUGAUGAAUCGUGUAAAAAUUGCCAAGCAACAAAUGAUUUCUCCAUAUAUAUGAUCAUCCAUAGCCUAAAACAUCUAUUACGUGAUAUGUUAGAUCCUUCUGCAGAGCAAAUUCAACAUGCGAAGAAGCAACAGGAAUGA